UUUUUAACAAAACGAAAAAUUCAGUGUGAUCUUUUGAAGAAAGAUGACUGUUCAUCUCUCAGAAAAAAAGGGCAAUGUUUUACCUGACUUCCUGCAUCUGAAUGACUUGGGAUGUGAAUCUGUAGGAGGGAAGGUUUUAUUUGCAACGGAUGACUUUUUUGCUCCUGCAGAAAAUCUCUUAAAGAAACAACGACCAGCGUAUCAUGCAGACCUAUUCACCGAGUUUGGGAAGUGGAGGGAUGGAUGGGAAACCAGGAGGAAGCGCAUUCCAGGUCAUGAUUGGUGCAUCAUUCAGCUGGGGGUGCCAGGUACGAUUUAUGGGUUUGAGGCAGACACAUCUUACUUUGCUGGAAACUGCGCUCCUCAGAUAUCAAUCCAAGCUGCUUGCUUGAAGCCAGAGGAGGUACCAGCGCUGCCAGCAAGAGGGAACAGAAUAGGAACAGCUGCUUCGGAUGAAGAGCUGAGGAUUGUCAAGGAGAUGAGGUCAGAUGAAUGGACUUCCUUAGUUCCCAUCUCAAAGAUAAAAUCAGGAAACCUUGAUGCUGCCCACAACUAUUUUGUUGCAACUUUGAAGCAAAAAUGGACACACUUAAGACUCAACAUAUAUCCAGAUGGUGGAAUUGCACGUUUAAAAGUGUACGGUACAAUGCAGAGAGAAUGGCCACUCUCUGGCCUGAACCACUUGAGUGAUUUGGUGGCAAUGGUGAACGGAGGUGUCUGUGUUGGAUACAGUGAUGCUCAGUUAGGCCAUCCUGGGAAUAUUUUAGGACCAGGAAGAGCAAAGUCCAUGAAAGAUGGAUGGGAAACAGGCAGAAGUCUGCAAAGACCACCCAUUUUAAAGCUUGGUGACAAAGGAAUCUUACUUGUACCAGGAAGUGAAUGGGCAGUCUUUCGAUUGGGACAUUCAGGUGUUAUAACGCACAUAGAAAUAGACACCAGUCACUUUAAAGGAAACUUUCCAGAUACAUUUAAACUUGAGGCCUGUAUUUUGAAUACAGAAGAAGAAAAUGAAUAUAAUGCACAAAAGUGGACUUUGAAGCAAGGUCCAAAAUGGAACACACUGGUACCUGCAACAAAGCUUAAACCUCAUACGAGACAUUUUUUUGAUGGUACUACCAUAAAGAUGCUGGAUGUGUUUACUCAUGUGAAACUUACUUUUGCUCCUGAUGGAGGUGUAAGUAGGAUGCGUCUCUGGGGAUUUCCACGGGCCUUGCCAGACACGAGGAAGUAAAAAUGUUCUCAGGAAAAAGGCUCUGCAGAAUUUCACUCAUGGUUAAUACAAGACCGAAUACAAUUCAUCUAUCUGCAUUCAUUGAAUUAUACAGUUUUCCACAUCAUUGGUUCAAAUGCAACAAUUUGUUACGGUUGUACAAUAACAUCAUUUCUCUAGCUGAAUGAAUAAUUUACAUAUAUAUUUGCUAACAGGUUAUCGGAUUUGGAAAAUGGUAUUAUUUAUUAAACAAUGUUAAGAGGCAAUGAAUGCAGCUGUCGAACAGAUAGAGCACAUAAGGUAGAAAGGUUUUGUUUUUGUUUUUUAAAGCGCAGUUACAUAUCAAGCCGGUUAUAUUGUUUAGAGUGUUGGACUAGGAUUUGUGAGACCCGGAUUCAAAUCUCCACACAGCCAUGAAGCCUGCAGGUUGACCCUGGGCCAGUCAGAUACUCUUAGUUUCUUGCCUCGCAGGGUUGUUGUGAGGAUAAAACAGGGAAGUGGCAGAACUGCACUUGCCACCUUGAGCUCCUUAGGUGAAAGGUGGGAUAUUAAUGCAAUAAUAAAUAACCAGGACUGACCCAAGGCAGUUUGCUGCCUGAUGUGUGGCACUGCAAAAGGCAUUCCCUGCCCUGUCAAUGUCAAUAGUACCCAAAGCAGAAAAUCGCACUUCUCCCCUCCCUAGCAAUAAGAAUAUUUUUUUAAAAACUAAGAAUUUAAUGGCAUCCAAAAUCAGCUCCCUGAGGUUUUCCCCUCAUUCUGCCUUGUGUGAGGACCAGUCCUAUUCAUUAAAAAAAAAAUCAAAAAAAAUCCUAGGUGCAAUCUAAUUUUCAGUUUUGCUUACCUUAGUCCGGAAUAUCCAAAAUAUGUCCUCAUAUAUGAUGCCGUUUAUCACAGCCUUAUUCUAUGCUAACUUGGAAUAAUAAAUAAUAAUAAUAAAUUAUUCCUGCUUGAUUUGAUUGAAAAAUUCAAGCAAGUGUGCUUAGGAGUGCAACGUUAAGAAAUGCUGAUCACAAAUAGCUAAGAGAUUCUGGAACUAUUAAUUAUCAAAACAGAGAGCAAAACUGUAUUGAACAUCUGGGCAAGAAUAUGCUUCAGUAUGUUUGAAGUUUGUGUGUUAAGAAUCAAUCUUGCAUUAUUUUUUGCUUAGAUAGUUGUGCCUAUCUUUUCCUUUUGCUAUCUAAAAUUGAAUUAUGUUAUAAUAAAAGAAUACUUACCCUUC